UCGCUGAUAGAUGUUGGCCUCGCUUUCGUGACCUUGUUGUGUCGUAAAAAAAAUGGCUGCCGAAAAUGGCAGCGAUAUGAACACAGAGCAAAUUCUUUAUGAUUUGUUAGUGCAAGCAGAAUGGCAGCUUAACGACGAACCUCUGACAGCAGAACGGGAGUUUUGGAAAGAGAAAGGACCCUUUCAUUGGAAAAUAUGGAAACUUAGCCAGAUUUCCUUCAGGUAUAUCUUCCAAACAGUGAGAGAUUCUAUCAGGCUGAAGGCUAGCUUCGGUUGUCCACCAGCUAGUUUUGUUAGUAUCUUGUCUGGUCAGCUUCCGUGGUCUUUGUCAUUGUCCAGGAAUGGGAAGCUGUUGGCAGUCCUCAAAGAAAAUGGUAUUGAAAUCAGGUCCUGGAAAGACUCUUUUACCUCUGCGAUCGCAAAGGCUGAAGUUGGUUCUGACCCCUUUCCCCAAUGGAGGAAACUUGCUUGGAACAAAAGCAGCUCGCUUCUUGCUGUUGCAUCAAGCUUUGGCGAAAUAUCAGUUUUUGAUCCAAGCUGUAGCCUGUUGUACAAAUUAAAGCAGCACGGGGCUGCAAUGAAUCUGCCUACUGGCUUCAGCAAUUGCAUCUGUGCUUUGUUAUUUCUUGAUGCACCGAAGUCAAGCGAAUGGGAAAGUGUUUUGAUAUCUAUCACCUACCAAGGAACUUUGCAACGAUAUUUGCUCAGCAAUACGACGUAUAAGGAAGAACACAACUUCUCCUUCUCAAGAUUCCACCCAUCCGGUGUUGCUACUGCAAUUUAUUCUUCGAAGCACAAUGUUUUUGUCGUAGCUGGCUUUGAUGGGGAUGAGCCAACGGCGGACCAAAACGACUUUACCGGGACUCAGGCUGGUAUUACCUUAUGGAGAGAGCUGUCCGAUUUUCCUUAUUACAAAAUGAUUGACAGUGAUGACACACACUCAAAAAAGGCUUUGCAUCAAAACAAACUGACGAGCCUUGUCAAAAUUCCCUUGCAGCAGAAAAAGACCAUCAGCUAUGGAAUCUACAAGUGCUGUUUAUCGCCAAACGAAGAAAGUUUAGUGUCUUUGCACCAAGAUGGAAGGAUUGCAGUUUGGAGAAUGCCUUCAUUAAGACUUGAGAAAACAUGGAGUUUGUCUGAGCAACCAUCAUUUGAUAACGAAAGCAGGCCCUAUUUCUUCAACGAAAAGGCAAAGUUAGAGCAAGAUUCAAGUUUUCAGAAGCAGUUUGUUAGCAUAAACUGGUGGUCCGACAAGGCUGUUAUUUGUGCUAGAGGAACUGGAGCGAUAUCAGUUUCAUCAACUACUAACCUAGAGAACCUUCUUGGACAAUCAGAAGAAAUGUUUGAACCAUGGCCUCAUACAACUGAUGCCAGCGAUGGCCAAUUUCUUGUGUUGGAGUGUGAAAAGAAGCUCAGAAUGAAUGAGGGUGGAAACAUUUUGAGGAAGAAUGAAGCGGAAGAUGACAGCCAUGAUCAAGAUGAUGAAGAAGAGGAGACAUUUAUAAACAGGGCUUCAAAACUUUGCAAGCAGACUUUGUUUUUCUUGACUGAAAUGGAAAACCUUAGACCGCCUUCCAAGAAGCUGCGGUUUCUACAAAGAAUUUAUCGCCUCAUCGCUUUGCAAUCAACUACUCCAGAAGAGCUUUAUUCACGGAAGAUUAUGAGUGAGGAAUAUGGGGAAGCGUUGGAUUUGGCUAGAAGAUUCAAUUUGGAUACUGAUCUGGUUUAUCAACGCCAGUGGACAAGUCAAGAGUUUAUAACUGUCAUCUCCAUCAAGGAUUAUCUGAGCAAAAUAACAAAUCGUUUCUGGGUUUUGAACGAAUGCAUGCAGCGAGUUCCUGAAGAUAUUGAUGCCAUGAAGCAUCUUUUGAAGUAUGGCUUACUGGGGACUGAUAGAAGUGUUUUGGAGAGAAUUCAAUUGGAUGAAAAACUGCCGUUUGUUCUGAGGAAGGAAUCUACUGAUGAAGAGGUUGAUGAGGAUGAAAGCAGCUCACUAAAUGGAGAUGAGAAGCGAGAGAAAGCAAAAUUGGAUGCCAUAGACGUGAAAAGCUUAACUUCAACACAGAUCCAAUUAUGCAAAUAUAGAUGGCAAAUUCUGCAGUACCUUGAUCGGCUUGAGACGUAUGAGGUCAUCCUUGGCGGGCCAUUCAGAGCAGCUGAGCGGUACAAACCAGGAUUCUUCUUGCGCUUUCGUUGCUGUAAUAUCGUAGACCAAGCCGUUGAAUAUGCACGAGACAGCUGCAGUGAGCCGUUAGAAGAUCUUUUCACCUACCAUGGAGACGAGCUUUUACCUCAUUGGCUUGCCAUUCUGUCAAAUUUCCCAGAAACAACCCCUGUUUCUUCAUAUAAGCGGCUACUGCCUAUUCUCAUGAAGACGGAUUCUGGUGAGCUAGUUUUGGAGGAAUGGGCACAAGUAAGGCAUCGAGAUCCAGACUGGGUUGAAGAAGAGACUUUGAAAGAACAUGUGGUUAUAAGUGCGGAGAUAGACGAUGAUCCGGCCGAAUUCAUUUAUCAAGAAAUGCCAAAUUUAGCUGAAUUUAGAUCGUGCACAGAUCCAGCCUCGUUAACCAAAUGGUUCAAACUCAGGGCACAUGAAAUCGAGACAAGAACAAGUUUGGUUGAGAAUGCAUUGUCUCUAAUUGACCAUGGCAUAAAAAAUGGCGUAGAGGAUUUGGCUGAUAUUCGUGAUGAUUUGAAAUGGCUGGGAAUAUUAGUUUACGAGGUUGGGGCUGACCCUUCAAUAACCCUUUCUGACUUCGAGAGUUUUUCAAAUCUAGCUAAGCUGAGGCUUCUCAUGUCAAAGUCUACUGAGGACAGCUUUCUACAUGAUUUUGUGAAAUGGGGAAAACGCUUUAUUGAAUUCGUUGGAAAGUCAAAGCCCGAGGAGAAAUGGAAGUUACAGAAGAAAUACCUUGUAGAUGUUGCUAAGUCUGACUUAACCUACCCUUUGAAGAUUAUGGAAAAAUCUAUUCCUGAGACUGACGAGCCAAUCAUAGCAGAUGUUGCCAACUUGAUGAAACUGGCAAUUGAUUGUAUAUACAUUUGUAAACGUGAUGAUCAGUUGGACCUCGCCUUCAAAAUUGUUGGGUGCUUGCCAACGAGAGAACAGGGACACCUUUCAACUCAGAUAGAAGACUUACACGAUAAGGUUGAUCGUUUAGAACAGCUGCUUCGGGGUGCCGAAAUUUUAGAACUGUAUUCUAUACCGAGGCCAGUAUCAUUUCUGGUCGAUACAAAGGAGGACUAUAAGACUGCAAAAGAUAUCAUCAUGACAUUAUGCCGAAACUCUGCUAAGAAACAACCUGCGUUGAAUCCAACGGAAUGGAAUCUAUUUCUCAAGCAUAUUCAACAAUUGUGUGAAGAGGUUUACACCUGCAUCUCUAUUGAUGAGCUGUAUCAAAUAUUUGCUGGAUUUUUGCUCAGCUCUGGAAUCGAAGAGAACUUACAUCUUUCUAAGGAGCUGUUGACCUGCAGACGGAAAUCAAAGAAGGAUCUUAAAAUUUCUGAGUCAAAGGUGAGGAAGGCGAUGCCAAGGUUGACGAAUGCAACGCACUGUAUCGCAUACGAUGACUCUGUCAACCUCGUGUUGGAAGCAGCAAAGGAGUAUUUUAACGCUGGUGCACAUUUCACCGAUCCAGUGCUAGAUCUUGCCAGGAAAUGCCUUGCUUUAAUUGAAGACGACUCGCCAAUUUUGCAGUACGAGCUUGAUCUUCUUGGAGCAUUGACAAUCCUUAAUGAUUUUGAUGUUAAUAUUUUGCCAGUGCAGGUUCGGCUUUAUGAGAACAAACUGGACCUGAUAAGCUUGGCAGUGAACUCUCUUGCAGCUGGGUACAAGAAAACUGCUAAGGUUCACAAGCUUGCAAGAUUGCUUCAGUUAUCUGGAUUGGAUGAAAAGGAGCGCAUGGGGAAAGUGACUAACUUACUUGCUGAAACUGCUCUUGAGAAGGAGGAUUUUUCCUUCGCAAGGGAUAUGUGUCUCAGCUUGGUCGAUUCCAAUUAUGCUCCAGGGUGGAUGGUUUGUAGGACGAUGUGUGAAAAUGAAAAAUUCACAGAUUUAGAUGCAAAACAACAGCUAGUAGCGUUUGCACUUACAUUUUGCAAUCCCAGUGAAAUGGAAAAUCUACUCACAACGAGAAAUCUAAUCAAGACUCAGGUGAUUUAUUUGGAGCUUAGUAAGCAAGAGGAAGCAAGUGACCUUGAUGAAUCGGUUGAUGGUGGCGAUCAACUCUUGGACUCAGCUGAUGGGCAAGCACCAUCUUCACUUCUUGGUCGAACUCAGAAGCAACUGACGACAAAAACAAAAGCGAUCUUUUCUAACGUCAGCGAUACAAAAUGGUGGAGAUCGCAAGUCAAAUGGGUCAGUCAUUCGCACGAAUCUGAAUCUACCAGACCUUCAGACAGUGGGAAACGGAAACAAAAGUAUGGACUCGUCCAUCAUCCGUUUUAUGCUUUUGAAGAUGUGCUUAGGGAACCUGUUAAACGUAAGGAUUUUGAUAACCUGUUGGACAACACUGGAAAUAACAGUUUGCUGGAAUUCAACCAUUUGCUUUUAAGAAGUCAAAAGCUUUGCGAAGCAAGGGCAGAGGGAACAAUUACAGAACCAAGCACCGAAGUAAUCCUGCAGUUAGCAGAGUCUGUUAUGCGUCAUGAAACCAUCAUGUUUCUUGGUUACUGUUUAUCUUUGGCAAACAUAUCAGAUGCCGAAAAUCUGUUCUCCAAAUACCAUGACCACCCGUUCGUACUUCAGCUAGCUGCCUAUGUCAUGUCCCUUGAGCUUGAAAUUCAAAAGGGCCAAAAUCCAAAGGAUGGCAUAUCAGACUUGUAUCAACAAGAUGUGAUGAUAGCAAUAAAACAGGCUCUUAAAGAUACUGACGAGGAAGGUUCUCAUGGAUUUGAUAAGAACUUGGCAGAGUCUUUAAAAAAACACAUUCGACUCCUGUGUGAUUUUAUGCAAGCAAAGAUGCUGGAGGAACUAGGAAAAGGUGUUGACGUCAGUCGAUUUAUGCAAGAUGAUGAAUACAAACGAGAGACAAUUCUGGGAAUCGCAAUGAACCUUGAGGAAGACUUACUAUCAACUGCAUUGUCAUUGGCGGAAAAGUACGAUUUGCAACAAUGGGAAGUUAUUUGUGCACAUGUAGAAUUCCUUUUAACUGACAGUGGCUUGAAAGUGAAAGAAAUCCAAGAGCGUUUCAAGAAUCUAGAUGCUGUCCAUGUUUUGAGGGAAAAAGGUGCAGAGUUCCUGCAGAGAAUGAAACUUUACGUCUACCCAUACGUCAGUGGAAAGGACCAUGCACUCCUGCUUCUUUUGCUCAGUCUCAUUCAGCAAUGUUGCGGCGAUCAAGCAACUAUAGAGGGUCCAUUGGAUGUUGCAACCCACAUUCGCUCGUUGAAGAAAAUCAAAGCAGCAGCUUCAGGAUUGGAUUAUAAAGAAUUGUUUCAUGGAGCUAAUCCUCUUGAUGCAGUAAAAAAGGUUUUAGUCGAAGCAAAUGUCCACGUUUUAUCCAAGCUAGUACCAAAAAUCAACAGUGGGCUUGGAGGCCAGAUUUCGUCGGGGGAAAUAUUCGCUGCAUAUACCACUAAAAUAUUCUGGGGAGACGAGCAGAAGAAGGAAGAAUCAAAGGUCCAGUGGCUGCAUCGAUUCGAGGCAUGCCAAAAAUACUUCGUCAAACUCUCUGCAAAUGACAUACUCAUUUUUGCGGAUGAUAUAACUUUCAGUGACCGUGCUAGAAAUGAAGUUAACCAUGAGACCCGAUUAAAUAUGAUAAAAAGAUUGUUAAAAUAUGUAAGACAGCAAAAAGCUCAAGAAGAAAAACAGAACUGUGAUAGUGAGUCGAUGACUUAUGCUCAAGCCGAAAGUUGCUUAGAAAAAUCUCUUAACCACAUUCAAAGUUUGGAAGCUGCUUGGUUCUCCGAAUGGCUGCAGUCGGAUGAUGAAAAGAAACGCGAGUACGCACACAGAUUUGACUCGUCGCGUUCUGACUUGUGUAAAGUAAGUGAACUAGCCAGAGAUCUAUUUCUUGACACGAGAACGCCAGAGGAGGUUCUUGAGAUUUUCAAAACUGCUGACGUCAAAGGGAAGCAUGCGCACUACGUAGCCGACGCUUUCAAGGAUGCUUUGACAAGUGUUAUUGAAAGCUUAAAGGUUUCACAUGAUUCAGCUUCAAUGGAUAAUCUGGCUGAUAUGAUAGAUGUUGUUAAUGAACAUUUACGGCAUGAUGGGACUUUACUUUCUGAGCAAGACGUCCUGCAGGUUGUUAGGCCACUUUGUGAAGACAUCGAGGUUGACAGAGGUAAGUUGGAAAUUUUACAGCUUUUAGAGAAGUCGUUUGAGCUGAGUGGGGACGAUUUAGUCCUUCUUAUUUACUACAAAACUGAUGCAAUAGUUUCAUCAAACUGGGAUAGAAAGGUAUCAGUGCGGGAUAUAGAAAGUGAUGAAAACAGAUACUACCUGUUUUUGGAUUUAGUGAAGCAGAGUGAAACUGCUAAGCAUUUUGGUGAUAUUGGACAACUGCUGUUGGUUUGGCCAGUUUUAGCUGCGACUGAGUUAAACAAAAAUAAUGCUGAUGAUCACCCUUGGGUGAUAUUGCUAAGAAAACUGAUAGAGUGCAAGGAUACUCGGAAAUUUCUUGAACUGGUGAAGCAAUCAUCAGAGAAGAUUACCUUUGGAUUCGAGUGUUACAGUAGUUUACAAGAUGCAUUGCUGGCCUAUGGAUUUAGACUUGAAGCUUUGAAAAUGGCUUUGAUUGUUAACAACAAUGAGUGCAUCGAGAAAGCAUUUCACAUGUUUGCUGAAGCUGCAGCUGGCGAAUUCGUCGUGGACAAUGAAUUAUUUGGGCUAGUUAGACAAAGUAAGUCAAUAAAGAAAGUUGCGAAGACUGCACUUUUCCCGUCAUUUGUAGAUUACAUUUUAAGACAACCAAAUAACGAAAUUAUGUUCAAUGAUAUUUUAAAUCAGUUAAAGACUGCGGGGCUUAUUGCUGAAGCAGGGACACUAAUUUCAAGGCAAACAGGUCUGCAUUCAGCUUUAUCAAAUAUCAAUGUCGCAAUUAGUUCUUUUAGAAGUUGGUUCCAGAGGUAAUAUGCAUCCUAGAUAAUUGUAAUGAAAUAGAUUUAGCUCUUGAAAGGUUUAUAGAAUUUAUUUAGUAUACUAAAAAGAAGUACCUGAUA